AUGUCAAGUAGGAGGAACAACCUCAGUAAUGGGGCUGACAGAGAUGGUGUCGCAGACAGGGAGGACGAUGCUCAGGCCGGUGAGCAGGACUUCGGCAUUCAAAGGACAUGGGAAGAUAUAGAAGAGAUCGAUGGAAACCUCAUCGUUACGGGAAUCUCGGAAGCAGAGAAGAGGAAGAGACUGCUGAAGGAUACUACACCAUUACAACGAGGUAUCAUUCGUCACCUUAUCCUCAUCCUCGACUUGUCGCUCUCUACGAACGAGAAGGAUCUACGGCCGACUCGAUACCAUUUGACCCUGCUGAACACAAAAGCCUUUAUUCGGGAAUACUUUGAGCAGAAUCCUAUAUCACAACUGGGCAUAAUAGCCAUGCGAAAUGGUGUGGCCGAACCUAUCAGUGAUAUGUCAGGCAAUCCUACCGAGCACAUCAAAGCAGUCGAUAAACAGAGAGAACCAGCGAAUGCAAGUGGUCAGCCGUCUCUCGAGAAUGCUUUGGAGAUGGCAAGGGCUGCGCUGUUUCAUGCACCGAGCCAUGGCACCCGAGAAAUCCUUCUGAUAAUGAGCGCCCUGCACAGCGUUGACCCAGGAGAUGUACACAAGACAAUUGACAGUCUAGUCGCGGACAAGAUCAAUGCUAAAGUAAUCGGUCUCGCGGCUCAGGUGGCUAUCUGUCGAGAACUGACCAACACGCCUCACUAUGCGCUUGUCACUCACGGCCCUGCAGGGAGGGAUAUCUUUGCUCAAGAUGCAACACCAAAGUUUGUGGUCUUCCAUCUGAAUGUCCGGCUUGUGGACUCACUUUGA